CUUGAUACUUUCUUCUGGGUUGGGGGGCUGUGGGAAGGGAAAGGUUUGGGGCGCUGAGAGCAGCCUCUUGUAGGGACAUUGUCAGCCUUUUUGGGCAGCAUGUGGCUGAGAGGGCUCCCACCUGGCUCACAGAUGGACACUGGGUAGGUUCAUCUCCACUGGUCAUUCUUCAUUUUGCAGAUGACAGACUAAACAGUCUACAGCCAGGCCAUUAUCCUAAUAGUCAUAGCAUGGUGUAUGGGACCUGUUGAGUCACGGCCUGAACCACUGAUUGAGCACCUGGGGAAAGGACUGGGUCACACCUGAGAGCACAGCUGAAGGCAGUUCAGCUAUGUGAGCAGAAGGAGUGGAGCCUGACUGCAUCUCUCUUAGACCCCAUUUAAGGGCUGACUGCCCGUAGGGAAAAAUCUCUUUCUGGAGAUCUUUCCUGGGUGAAGUUUUCUCCUGCAAACCCAGAAUCUUCUGAUACAGGCAGGUGAACUCCAGUAAGCCUCAGCAUGAGAUCCUCAGCUUUUGACAGAAGAGCAAUUUGCCACACUUCUAUCAGUGGGGGACCAAGAGCGUUUGGACCACUGUUGCAUGAUCAUGGCUUUGGCGUUUUUCUUCGCCUUGUUGGCGCAGAGAAUACCAUUAGUUGGUGAUUUGGAUGUGGACACGCUCGACCGCAUGCAGCAGCGUGAGGUGUAUCUGCAAGAGCAGAUGACAAAGCUGCUGCUGGAGAUGGAAGAGAAGAACACGGCGCUGAGCACGAUGGGCACUCAAGCCCUGCUUCGCUGCUUUGUUUUUUGUCUUCCCAUCCUUCUGUAUUGCUUCAUGUGGAUGAUCUGUAUAAAGUUCCGUAGAGUUGAAGACACCUGUGAUGAGGAGAGCUCCAGCAUUGAGAAGGAGCAGGAGGAGGAGGAGGAGGAGGAGGAGGAGGAGGAAGAGGAGGAAGAGGAGGAUGACGGUGUCUUUUCUCUCGAUGUGUUCUGGACAGUCCGAAGCCAUCAAGAGGACUGUGAAGUGAUGUACUCGCUGAUGUGUGGCGUCAUGGAUAUAUGCCGAAAUAUGGUAUCAGAUACUUUCUACCCAGUGCCAGAGCGUCUCAUCAAGGUGGGCAGUACCUUCGAAGGCUGGUGUCCCGUUAGAAACGUACCUGUCUUCAGCCUGCUUGUGCCCCUGUUGGCCCCCCGUGGGCACACUUUCCACCUGGAUCUGGGCACCACAGGCGAGGUACCAGCAAUGUACUCCCGUAUCCGUGUAGAGCUGGAAUGCACGUGCAAGAGGGAGCAGGAGAUGCGCAUGCGGUGCUUCCUCCACACCUCCGCCAAAGAGCUGAAAAGGCAGCAGCCCAGCCUCCUGCACAGCCUCUGCACUACGUCCCACUUAGACGCGCAGAAGACUGCCCGCUGCUUCCAGGAGCUGAUCAAAAAAGCCUGGAAACUCAUGCACGUCUCAGAGUUCACCAUGGAGAUAGACACGGUGAAGUCCAGGCGCUCCUGCAGGCUUCAUGUGAGAGAUGUCAACAAAAGAAUCUUCUACGUUGAGUUUGUGUUUGGCGUCCAGCAGGAUGAUACGGACAUCUUUCUGAGCAGCCAUGAGAUAGUGUAUCGUCGUACCCCCAGCACGGUCUGGCCACAGAGCUGUGUUGUGGCAGAGAAAAAGUUCCUGCAGUAUGUAGCCAACCACCCCCGGGGGGGCAAAUUCUACCUCAGAUAUCUGCAACUGUGUGGCUAUCUCAUGGCGAGCCUCAAGUUUACCAUCUACGACAUGAAGACAGUGAUCAUGCACCUCCUGAAUACCAUUCCUUUGCAAAGGUGGCACGGGAGGGCUUUCCUGCUGCGGAUGGAUGACAUCUUGAACUACCUGCACUGCUGCGUGGAGGAGAAACGCCUGGACCACUUCAUCGUAGGAAACGACUCGUUGCCUGAGGAGAUUAUCUUGCCAAAAGAGUUCCGAGCUUCCCCACCGCUCAACAUGUUCCAGCACCUGGAGGAGGAACCGGACAAAUACGAGCGGGCGCUGCAGGAUUUGGCGGAGCUGCACGAUCGGUUCACAGCCACGCUGCUCUAUGGGAGAUGAGAGACGCGCACUGUCCCACGGACGAGCACGCAGGGCAUGGAGAGGACACCGCUCCGUAGGCACUGGGAAUUGCCCCGAGGUGUUUUCUGCGAACUGGGGCAGCCAUCUCCUAUGGGAUAAAGAAGGUUGUUGUAUUUCUAAUAAAUGGCAAAACUCAACAAUAACUUGAGCCAGACCUAUACACUCACAAUCGCCUAGCCCUCACAUGUCACCAGUCUUGGUUACGUGGGGAAACUGCUGUGUUGCGCGGGUGUAAAAGAUGGUAAGCACUUAAAGUCUUUUCUUCCGCACCAAAGCAAAGGAGUCAGCAGCUCUUUCGAGCUUGAGGCCCUGUUGCAACAAUUGGCGCCCGAACAGGGACACGGGAAAGAGAACCAACAGGGACCUGAAACUCAACCUGACUGGAAGACUGGCCGGUCUGGAGUGCGUUGAGCAAAACGCGGAGCACGCUGAGACAAGCGUGGCAGGCGCUGAGAAGCACAGCAGGCAUUGAGAAAAACCCUGGGCUCUCACUUGUGCUGACAGCUGGCAGUCCCGUGGAGGAGAAAGGGCACCUGGAGAUUACUCAGAUGGAGGGACGUCACCUGCUCAGUCUGUAGGCUGGCAGGAUUCAUACUGCUACCCUGGGACAACGCAGUACUGCCUUUCAUGCCAAUCCCUAAAAUCCUGUACAAGGAAAAUUCACCUUUUCCUUCUGUUUUUAUCCUGAUGUAUGCCCAUGUUUGGUGUGUUAGUGAAAAGCUCGGAAACA